AGGAGCUAAACAGAAGGGCGGGGUCAGUAAUAAAUGCCAGGCUUAGGAGUGAUAGCCACACACUGUCCCAGCAGCAAUCGGUACCCCAAGACCUAGCCCAAGGAACUCCAGCUGUGUUUCUCCACUGAAAAAAUCUGCAAUCAUGGCAAUGCAGAAGAUUUUUGCAAGAGAAAUCCUAGAUUCCAGGGGGAACCCCACAGUGGAGGUGGAUCUACACACAGCCAAAGGCCGAUUCAGAGCUGCUGUACCCAGUGGGGCCUCCACUGGGAUUUAUGAAGCUCUGGAGCUGAGAGAUGGAGAUAAAAGCAGAUACCUGGGGAAAGGAGUGCUUAAGGCUGUGGAACACAUCAACAAGACUUUGGCCCCUGCUUUACUGGAGAAGAAAUUAAGUGUUGUGGAUCAAGAAAAAGUCGAUAAAUUCAUGAUUGAACUUGAUGGAACAGAGAACAAAUCUAAAUUUGGGGCCAAUGCCAUCCUGGGUGUGUCUCUGGCUGUGUGUAAGGCAGGAGCAGCAGAGAAGGGGGUUCCCCUCUACAGACACAUUGCGGACCUUGCUGGGAACCCAGAACUUGUGCUACCAGUACCGGCCUUCAAUGUAAUCAAUGGAGGAUCCCAUGCUGGAAACAAGUUGGCUAUGCAGGAGUUCAUGAUCCUGCCCGUGGGGGCUGCAUCAUUCAGAGAGGCAAUGCGUAUUGGGGCUGAAGUUUACCACCACCUUAAGGGUGUCAUCAAGGCUAAGUACGGGAAAGAUGCCACAAAUGUAGGAGACGAGGGUGGGUUUGCCCCCAACAUCUUGGAGAACAAUGAAGCCUUGGAGUUACUGAAAACAGCCAUCCAAGCAGCUGGUUAUCCAGACAAGGUGGUGAUUGGCAUGGAUGUUGCUGCCUCCGAGUUUUACCGAAAUGGAAAAUAUGAUCUUGACUUCAAAUCUCCUGAUGAUCCUGCCCGGUAUAUCUCUGGGGAGAAGCUGGGGGAGCUAUAUAAAAGCUUCAUCAAGAACUAUCCUGUGGUUUCCAUUGAAGACCCCUUUGAUCAGGAUGACUGGGCCACCUGGACUUCAUUUCUUUCUGGAGUUGAUAUCCAGAUUGUAGGUGACGACCUAACUGUCACCAAUCCUAAACGCAUUGCCCAGGCUGUAGAGAAGCGAGCCUGUAACUGCCUCUUACUGAAAGUCAACCAGAUUGGCUCUGUCACUGAAUCCAUCCAGGCUUGCAAACUGGCACAGACUAACGGCUGGGGAGUGAUGGUCAGCCAUAGAUCUGGAGAAACAGAAGACACCUUCAUAGCCGAUCUAGUGGUGGGACUCUGUACUGGCCAGAUCAAGACUGGGGCUCCCUGUCGUUCUGAACGUCUGGCUAAAUACAAUCAGCUCAUGAGGAUUGAGGAGGCACUUGGAGACAAGGCUAUCUUUGCUGGGCGGAAGUUCCGUAAUCCCAAGGCCAAGUAAAUGGAAGAAAUGCUCUUGAUCAACAGAGACAUUUGAGUCCAUCAUUAUCUCCAUCACUCCUUUCAAUAAAGUGCUUUGGACAGUAAGAA